UUUAAAUAGUUUGGAUAAAACUGGUUUUCUUUUGUCAGUCUGCUAGUAUGACAGUGCUGUAUCCUUACUUAAAUCUUCACAUGAAAUCAUUAGGACUCUCAAUACAGGAAACUGCAAUAAUAAAUGCUGUAAUUCCUGUGCUUUUCAUAUUCACACCACCGAUAGCUGGAUUUUUGGCGGACAAAAUCGGAAACUUUCGAAUACUUUUAUCAAUGCUUACUGGUGCAGGCGGCUUAGUCUCUCUCCUUCUCCUUCUUAUCCCUGUAGGACGAGAUGUUUCCAUGUAUCCUGAUAAAUUGACUUGGGGAGUGACUUGUGGGGCUCCAGGUUCCAGAGCUCAAUAUCAGAACCUGAUGGUUCAUGGAUUUAUGGAUGAUAAAUGUCAGGUGAGACCAGAUGCCUGGGAGAACGCAACUUUUACACCGGGUACAUGCGGGUACAUGUGCCCAACUAGGUCACGACUCCAAGUCACUCCAAAAUUCUUUGAGUAUAAGGUGGUUUGGCCGAACCGAGGGGGAGGGUUCGGUAUAACUGAGAUUGUAGAUGUUGUAAACCUAGAUAAAAUAGAAGAAAGAAAGUAUCAUGAGCCAAGAAUGAUUGAUAGCUCUAUUUUCUUCCCAAUGAAUUGGACUUUUCAACUCAACUGUGACAGAAUCAGAUCUGAUGAUUGUAUAUUUAACCCUGUCCUGAAUCUGAAAGAUAUUAAAGAAUACACUGUUCAACUAACUCCACUACAGAUAACUAACAAGAAGGUGACAGAUCAUAUUCAUCCUGAAUUUAUGGUUUCAUCCAUCCAGCAUCCACUUUUUAGGAGUAGAAAACCAGUUACCAGAACAAUUAAUUGCGGCAGCAAAUCUGAAAUUGCGCAGGUUGUCUCUACAGUUUCUACUGGGGUUAAAAGGUUGGGAGAAGAGUUUGGAGAGGAAAUUCCCCAGCUUAUUGACACCAAGCUGAACGACUGUGCUCUGACCUGCAUGGUGAACUUUGACCGAGACAAGAUGUGUAACAAUACAGCAGAACCUGUCACCUACAGUCCUGAAGUUACAUUUUGGUCCUACAUGGCUGUUCGAACUAUACUGGGAGUUCUCACUGCGAGUAGUCUCAUGAUGUUUGAAGGAGCAGUCAUGGCAACCAUACAGGAGCUGGGUGGUGAUUAUGGACUACAAAGAUUUGUCGGAAACUUUGGAGCAAUUGUGUUUGCUCCAAUGGGAGGAUUUCUAAUAGAUAUUACAAGUUUAGAAAUCUCAACUACGGAUUUCUCACCAGUUAUAUAUGUUUACCUGGCCCUUAAACUUCUUGCUUCAUUCAUGAUCCUAUUUAUCAGAUUGGAUUUCAAGCCGCCAGGAGAAAAAAUAUUAAGUAAUCUGAAGGAAAUUGUUACGAAUGCCGAGGUAAACUAA